AUGGUGAUUUUGCAGUUCUCUCUCCCCUCUCCUGUAAGCCUUCCAAUACCAGUAAAGCACCUGGUCCCUGAAAUGGUUCAUAGACGCGGGAAACCUGCAUUGAAGCUUCCUCCUGCAGUUCCUCCAAACUUGUCUGUGCACAAUUCAAUGCCACAUGAACAUCUCAUUUCGGUGUUUCCCCCAAUAAAUCAGAGUGUAGCAGGGAUAGUAUUUGGAGAUGGAUCAGAGUCACGGCUCUAUCCAUUGACAAAGAGAAGAUCUGAAGGGGCCAUUCCUAUAGGAGCAAAUUACAGACUCAUUGAUGCAGUCAUGAGCAACUGCAUUAACAGUAACAUAAACAAGAUAUAUGCAUUCACACAAUUCAACUCAACAUCUCUCAAUUCCCACCUUUCAAGAGCUUAUUCUGGAGCAGGUCUUGGGAAAGAAGGAUUUGUUGAAGUGAUUGCAGCAUACCAGAGCCCUGAAGACCAAGGCUGGUUUCAGGGAACAGCUGAUGCAGUAAGGAGAUGUUUGUGGUUGCUAGAAGAGUGCCCUGUGGUUGAGUAUUUGGUCCUUCCCGGGCACCAUCUCUACAGAAUGGACUAUCAGAACCUCAUAGAGGCCCAUCGAAACAGCAAAGCAGAAAUAACAAUUGCAGCUUUGAGUGCUGUGAAAAAUCAAGACCCAGGUUUUGGGUAUUUAAAAGUAAAUUCUGAGAAUAAUGUUCUCGAGUUUGUAGAGAAGUUAGACAACAAAUUGGUGAAUUUUGCUUCUGUAAAAGUUGCAAAAACACCAAAGGAUAUUGCCUACAAUAAUUUUGCUAGUAUGGGGAUCUACGUCAUUAACAGGGAUACGAUGACAAAACUUCUCACAGAAUAUUUCCCCAGAGCAAAUGACUUCAAGAGCGAAGUAAUACCAGGUGCAAUAUCCUCAGGAAUGAAGGUUCAAGCUUACCUGUUUGAUGGAUAUUGGGAGGACAUGAGGAGCAUUGAAGCAUUUUACCAGGCAAAUUUGGAAAGCACAAAGGGAAAAAGCAUGGGAUUUAACUUAUAUGACAAAGAAUUUCCCAUCUACACUUUGCCUCGGCAUCUGCCUCCAACUCUAAUAACUGAUGCUGCAAUAACAGAUAGUGUCAUUGGAGAUGGUUGCAUUCUUCAUAGGUGCAACAUCAAGAGGACUGUAGUUGGCAUAAAAACAAAGAUUGGGGAGGGGGCUGUGAUUGAGGAUUCAGUGAUCUUGGGUUCUGAUAUUUAUCAGAUAGAUGACGUUCAAGGGAGGGACAAGAGCAUUCCAAUCGGAGUUGGGGAGAACUCUCACAUAAGGAAGGCUAUAGUAGAUAAGAAUGCGAGGAUUGGCAAAAAUGUCAUGAUUAUAAAUAAAGACAAGGUGGAAGAAGGGAACAGAGAAGCUAAUGGGUACGUGAUCAGAGAUGGAAUAGUGGUUGUUCUCAGGGGCGCAGUCAUCCCUGAUGGUAGCAUCUUAUGACCUACAAUGUUAUGUAUCAACAAUACAUGAUUCAUUCUUUUGUUGUACAAUAACCAAAAAAGAAGCAAAAAAAAGAGAUUAAAAAAAAAAAAAAAACAGAUUGAGUGUAGCUUUAUUUAGGGAUUCAAAAUUGAUGUACGUUGAUUA